CAUGCAAUCAACCACUACGGCCUCAAAUGAUCCAACUGUUCCCGUUAUGGGGUAUCCUGGAGCCGAAUUUUAUGUACUGCAUAUUAUUGGUCUUGUAAGCUUAGGUCUAUCACUGUCACUUAGUAUUUUUACUCAAGUAAGUUUAAUGAAAAAGGAAAGGACCGUUUUCACCCGACCAAUCGGAGAGAGACUAGUGUUCUAUUUGACAAUUUCUGAUUUAGGAUAUUGCUUAAAUCACAUAAUAGAUCAUACAUGGAUGUUGGCUAUUUCGUAUCAUCCUCCAGAUAUACCUUGCGCUAUUUUUGCUUCUAUUCUCAAUCUCUUUGUCUUUUCUCAGAGUUUGAUUGUCGUUUUUACCGCCUUCAACGCCUUCAUGAUGGUUGUUAAAGAAAUAAAAGUAGAGCUUGGAAAAUACGACUGGAAGCUUCUACUAUACGCCUAUGGAAUCCCAUUCUCAAUAAGUCUAGGAGUUGCGAUUUCAAAUCAUUGGGGCCCUAGUGGAGCAUGGUGUUUCUUGGAUAAAAGAAAACCCGGUGAAAAGGUACUCAGUAUAAUUGUUGCUGCCGCCUUUAUUACAGUCUUCUUUUCCAAUAUUAUCAAUUAUGGUUUGGUAUGGAUGAAAAUUAAAAGAGUUAGCGCUUCUAUGGCUACCACUACUUCUCAAGCAAAAUACCACAGGACGGCCAAAGUUAUGAUGCUAUUCGUUGCUGUUUAUAUCGCUCAGUGGUGGGCGUACAUAGGGUACGCCAUCCAUGGGUUUGUGGAAGUUCAACCAGUAUUUUGGGUAGCCGUUGUAUCGACUUUCAGUAAUUUGGGUGGCUUGUUUAAUUUUAUUACUUACACUUUUGUAAAGAAGAACCAGCAAAAUGUAAGAGAUUCUAGCUCGGACGAAGGUCAAACAGUAGAAAGACGAACAAAAAGUUAUAGAAGAUACUAA